CGGUCGCGUGCGCUCACAAAGGAGGACCGUCUCGACAUCCCGAGGUUUCAUGCCUGCCACGGCUACUUUGGGACUCUGGAAGUUCAAAUCGCUCGUAUGCUUGGGCAAAUGAAAAGGAUGUCAACGGUGUGUGGAGGGUCUUUUUGUCCAAACGUUCGCUUGCCACCACCAUCCAACACUACUGUGCAUGCGAUCUGCGUGGCUGAAACGAAGUACGUUCUUUGUAACGUUAUGUCCUUGGUUCAGGAGUUUGUGCGACAACGACAAGAUCGAACACGGACCGUUGCAAAGACAUAUUGGGCCUUUUGUUUGGCCGCGCAGUGUCGAUUUUGAUAUGGAAAUAGUAAACGAUGGCACGACGUGCCUCCGUUCUGUACAGCGAUAUUU